UAACCCACCCCCCCUGCGCGCUCCCGCGGUGCUUCCCGAGCAGUCCGCACUCCCGCUCCUCCGCCAGUGUCAGGAGAUGACACCGUGACACCCCGAUCCAAGGAGAGACUCUCCGGUCCUGGGAUAUACUAAUUGUGACACUGCUUUAGGUGGUACAGGCCCCCCCCAGCACCAGGAGGUACCAUCAUCCCUACACCCGGGGGGUCACAGCAUCCAUCGAGACACGCCCCCCACCGGGUGCCAAGCUGCUGUCAUUGCCUGUUCAUUCUGCAGCGCUGAGCGGGCGAGGGUCCCUGCCGCCCCCGGGACAUCAUGAGCUGGGGCACCGAGCUUUGGGAUCAGUUUGACAACCUAGAAAAACACACACAGUGGGGGAUCGAAGUACUGGAAAAAUACAUCAAGUUUGUGAAAGAGAGAACGGAGAUUGAAAUCAACUAUGCAAAACAGCUCCGGAAUCUUUCAAAAAAGUACCAGACAAAGAAGAACUCCAAAGAAGAGGAAGAGUCAAAGUACACGUCAUGCAAAGCCUUCCAGAACACACUGAACGAAAUGAGUGACUACGCCGGGCAGCAUGAGCUCAUCUCGGAGAACAUGUCGUCACAGAUUAUGACAGAGCUUACGCGCUUCGUGCAGGAGCAGAAACAGGAGAGGAAAUCGAAACAGCUAAAUCAUAACUUCCACGAGGGUCGCAAGGCACAGCAGCACGUCGAGACCUGCUGGAAACAGCUUGAAUCGAGUAAAAGAAGAUUUGAGAGGGAUUGCAAGGAGGCGGACCGGGCGCAGCAACAUUUCGAAAGGAUGGAUGCUGAUAUCAACGUGACAAAAGCAGACGUUGAAAAAGCCCGACAGCAAGCCCAGAUCCGUCAUCAGAUGGCAGACGACAGUAAGGGGGAUUAUUCAUCAGUGUUACAGAAGUUUAACCGUGAGCAGAAUGAGCACUAUCACACACAAAUGCCGGCCAUCUACCAGAAACUGCAAGACAUGGACGAAAGGAGGAUAGCACGGUUGGGGGAAUCACUGAAAAUGUACGCUGAAAUAGACCGCCAAGUCAUCCCAAUCAUCGGCAAAUGUCUUGAUGGGAUCACAAAAUCUGCAGAGUCCAUCAGCGAGAAACAGGAUUCUCAGACAGUCAUAGAAGCCUUCAAAUCUGGGUUUGAGCCUCCCGGAGAUGUCGACUUUGAAGACUUCACGCAGUCCAUGAAACGCACUGUGUCAGACACCAGCCUUACAAACAACAGGGCUGAUGCGAAGACUGAUCCCAAAGUCCCAGGCAAAUCCCGUGGCAAGUUAUGGCCUUUCAUUAAGAAAAACAAGGUACUGCUUUCCACUUCGCCCCCCCACCACCCCCCUCCUCCUCCCCCUGCCUCUGCCUCACCCUGUGCUGUUCCCAACGGCCCCCAGUCUCCCAAGCAGCAAAAGGAACCCCUCUCCCAUCGCUUCAACGACUUCAUGACCUCCAAACCCAAAAUCCACUGCUUCAGAAGUCUAAAGCGCGGGCUUUCUCUGAAGUUGGGGGCAACGCCGGAGGACUUCAGCAACCUGCCACCAGAACAGAGGCGGAAAAAGCUGCAGCAAAAGGUUGACGAGCUAAACAAAGACAUCCAGAAAGAGAUUGAUCAGAGAGAUGCUUUGACGAAGAUGAGAGACGUUUAUCUGAAGAAUCCACAGAUGGGAGAUGCUGGCAGCGUGGCUCAGAAGUUGAUAGAGAUUGGAAAUAACAUGGAGAAACUACGUGUGGAAGUACAAAAGUUUGAAGCUUGGUUGGCAGAAGUUGAAGGAAGACUUCCUGUCCGCAAUGACAGCUCCCGUCGGCAAAGUGCCCUGUAUGAAACACAAAACACUGCUCCAGUCAAUAAUUGUGUACAGGACCGGGAGAGCCCAGAUGGCAGUUACACAGAAGACCAGAGCCAGGAGACGGAGGUGAAGGUGACGCCCACGGAGUUCGAUGAUGAUUUCGAUGACGAAGAGCCCCUGCCCACAAUAGGAACCUGUAAAGCCUUAUACCCCUUUGAUGGUGAAAAUGAAGGAACUAUAUCUGUAGCGGAAGGCGAAGUACUGAACGUCAUUGAGGAGGAUAAAGGAGAUGGAUGGACACGGAUCCGCAGGAACGAGGAGGAGGAGGGUUAUGUCCCAUCAUCCUACAUCGAAGUUUAUUUGGACAAAAAUGCCAAAGGUGCCAAGACUUACAUCUAACCUCAUCUGCCUGUCUGUCUGUAAAGGGGCUUCACCCCCAGCAAUGUGCGUGUCCCUUGGAACCUGCUUGCUUGCCCCAGUGGCUGGCUUCGGUUAGCUUUGUCCUUGGCACACGGUGUAUAAAGAACAGUAAAGGGAGCUAAAACUGUAUGGCCAGUUUCCCAACUCGAGUCUAUAACAACUUGUAUUUCAUCCACCUGAACCCCAUUUGUACAUGUGUCCAUAGUUACAGAAAGAUUGAGUC